GGCUCAGAAAUCACACUUUGUACCUUGGCUCCGGACCGCGGAGUGCGCCGAGGGAGACCGCGAAGAGGGCUUCGUCGUUGGAGUUUGCAGCUGUCCGCCUCUGCCCCACGUCCACGUCCUGAACUAACAGCACGUGUCCGAAGACAUGGAGAAGGACAAUCUCUCUGUGGUACUUCACUCUCAAGGAGACUUAAGACUGGAGCAGCGCCCGAUCCCCGAACCAGGACCUAAUGAGGUUUUGCUGCAGAUGCACUCUGUGGGGAUCUGCGGCUCUGACGUGCACUACUGGCAGCAUGGGCGAAUCGGGGACUUUGUGCUGAAGAAACCCAUGAUUCUCGGACAUGAGGCUGCUGGGCGGGUGGUUAAGGUUGGCUCGGCAGUCAAGCAUCUCAAAGCAGGGGACAGAGUGGCAGUUGAGCCAGGAGUGCCCCGUGAGAUGGACGAGUUCUUCAAAUCUGGACGCUAUAACUUGUGUCCCACCGUGUUCUUCUGUGCCACCCCCCCUGAUGACGGGAACUUGUGCAGAUACUACAAACACAAUGGCAACUUCUGCUACAAGUUGCCCGACAAUGUGACAUUUGAGGAGGGGGCUCUAGUUGAACCCCUGUCUGUGGGGAUCCAUGCCUGUCGCAGGGCUGGGGUCUCCCUUGGCAGCAGUGUGCUCAUUUGUGGUUCAGGGCCUAUUGGACUGGUCUGUCUUCUUGUGGCCAAGGCGAUGGGGGCCUCACAAGUGGCCAUUACUGAUCUGUCCUCGGACCGCUUGGCAAUGGCCAAGGAGCUGGGUGCUGACUUCCCACUGGUAGUGAAGCGAGAGGAUGGACCGGAGGAUCUGGCCAAGAGUGUGGAGGAUGUGCUCGGAGCACAGCCUCACAUUACCAUUGAAUGCACCGGCGUUGAGAGCAGCAUCCAAACAGCCAUCUAUGCAACACGGUCCGGAGGCGUCGUGGUGCUGGUGGGUCUCGGCUCAGAGAUGGUCACGGUUCCGUUGAUCCAUGCCGCCGUAAGAGAAGUGGACAUCAGAGGGGUGUUCCGCUACUGCAAUACCUGGCCGAUGGCCAUAGCCAUGCUGGCGUCGGGGAAGGUCAACGUGAAGCCCCUCGUGACCCACCGGUUCCCUCUGGAGCAGGCGGCCCAGGCCUUCGAAACCACACGUCAAGGCCAGGGGGUGAAGGUCAUGUUAAAGUGUGACCGGAACGACCAGAACCCUUGAUCCGACCGGCGGCAGCCGAACAAAACAGAUCGGGAGACUUGGACAGCAAAGAUUCACAGAUUUGAUAUGCACCUUUUAAGAAAGAUCCGGAACAGAGCAAGACUAAAAACAACAGGGUUAAUCACAAGCAUCCAUCCAUCCAUCCAUCCAUUAUCCACACCGCUUAUCCUGCUCUCAGGGUCGCGGGUUAAUCAUAAGCAGCCCGCGUCAUUGUCCACAGGGUCACAGAAGCAGUCAGCCAGAUACACACCUCAACAGCAGCACUUUCGCUACCACGCGGUCAUGUUAAAUUAUUAAAUGUUACGUUUAUGGUGAACUUGUUCCACUCAGAGAUGCUGUGCACGUAUCUUGUGUUUGACCUUUUCCAGUCUAUCUGUCUAGACAUGACAUGUGUCUUUGUUCUUACUGUUCGGCUUCAUUCGGUCACCGCCAGCUUCCAUCCUUCAGAAUGACAUUAGGAAACAAACAGCAGUUACUUUAUAACUUGAUAAUAACAACUUCUCCUUUGCAGUUUUACAAAAAUUCCGAAAUACUCCAAAGAUUUGCUUAAAUAAAGUGUUGUGAAAUAUA